CGCGCGGCGGUGUCUUGUGGCGGGCACGCCGUCGGGAGGCAGUGCGCAGGCGCGGGCGGCGAUGCUGUAGCGGCGGUUGGCGCGGCCGAGCCCGGGCGGCUACCAUGACCCAGCAGGGCGCGGCGCUGCAGAAUUACAACAACGAGUUGGUCAAGUGCAUCGAGGACCUGUGCCAGAAGCGGGACGAGUUGUGCCGGCAGAUCCAGCAGGAGGAGGACGAGAAGCAGCGGCUGCAGAACGAAGUGAGACAGUUGACAGAGAAGCUGGCCCGAGUCAACGAGAACCUGGCACGCAAGAUCGCCUCUCGCAACGAGUUUGACCGGACCAUCGCAGAGACGGAGGCCGCCUACCUCAAGAUCCUGGAGAGCUCACAGACUCUGCUUAGUGUCCUGAAGAGGGAAGCAGGGAAUCUGACUAAAGCCACAGCCUCUGAGCAGAAAAGCAGUGGAGGCAACAAGGACAGCUGAUGAGGCCACAGGUGGGGAGGGCCCUGUCUCCACUGUACCCAUCAACGACUCGGCCCCCAGCAAGUCUGUCUUCACAAUGUCUUUGUUCUUCAUGACAGCAGCUGUCUUCUUUCGCUGUCUUGGGUGCCAAGAGAGGCAGCUGCCAACCUCCACUGGCCCUGGGUGACAAGAAAAGCUCUGGGCACAGGCCAUCAGUGGGGGUCCUGGCCCUGCCCUCACACAGGCUGCAGGGAGGGCAAGCUAUGGGCCAGCUCUACUCAGGGCUUCUCUGAGGCCCCCACACCCCCCUGGGCUGUGGGGAGGGUCCUGCUUGUAGUCUCACCACCAUGGGAGGCCCCUCACCUUGUCCCUCCGCCAGCGGGUGCCCAGGCCAGGUGAGUGGGGGAAGAGCUGCGGCUCUUCUUUCACCUUAGACCUCGCCCUUGUGGCCUGUGACUGUUAAUAAAGGUUGUCUUUGUAAAGAUC